AGUUCAAUGGGCUGGUGCUGUCUGAGCAAAAUACUCUCUCUUACUGGAUAUUAACUCUGGUUAUUUAUUCAUUCAAAAAGGCAACAUUAAUAGUUUCUUUCCCUCUUGGGAUCAAUGACCAAUUCCAGCUUUUGUUCAUUAACAAACACAGCCCCUCAAUUCUGAGUUCAUGAAGUAAACAAACCCCUCUAACUGUGACUCAGGGUUAUUGUCAUGCUAUCUAUCCAGCUUCCCUUUUCGAGCUGCUUUGGGCAGAAUUUGCACCCAGUUUUUUCAGUUUUUCUGUCUUUCUUCUAACUCUAGGAUCGGGGUGCACUCACAUUUAGCAUUCACCACUCCCGCCCGGUUUAUGUGAGUGUGUCUACUUCAGUAGCAGAUGCUAUUAUCAUUUAUCUUGUUACAUCAACAAAUAAUGGAAGAAACCAGAUUCAGCAUCUUACUCAGAGAACCCCUAAAAUGUCUCCAUGUCUCUCGCUCUAGCCUGCUUUCUGUUAAAUACCUACAGCAUCCACAAGAUGGCACUGUUCCACAACCUCUCUGAUAAUCGAGUCUGACUUCCACUGUAAACACACCAGCGAGCCUCACACAGGGAUUUCUGCAGCAAAAGGCAUUAUUCUUCCCCACUAGUGGGACAACUUCGAAAGGAGAGACUGAGGGAGCCCCAGCCCUCCCAUCAGAAUAUCCCCUAGCCCAAUGGCUAGAGCCUGCAGCUGAGAGGUGGCAGAGCCUUUUCAAAGCCCUUCUUCCCCUCAGGUGGAGGGGAACUUGAACUGGGGGGCCUCCCACAUGCCAGGUUUUAUUUGUGAGUUGGCCUAUGAGAGCAUCCCAGCACCCAGAUCCAUUCAGCGAUAACCAGCCUUGUCAGAUGAUGACGUCCUCCUUCUGUUGGGGGAAUCAUGACUCCACAGCUCAUUAUAAUCAUUCACCAUCUACUCAGUCAUGGACAACGCAGUAACUAAAACAUCCUGUGAAUUCCAGGUCCACAGCAUUGAACUCUGUUAAUCAUUCAGAAAUCGAGACCAAUGUUUGAGGGUUGAACGUGCAUUUGAGAGAAAGAAAGGAUGGUCUGGAGAUGCACACACCGAUAGAACCCUGCACAAAUCACUAAAGAGGGCCUAAUAAGUGUGUCUGGCAGAAGUUAUGUCCACAGAAACAAGUCAAACAGUGUUGUAUUAUGUCGAUAUGUACUCUGGGAAGAGCGCGUUCCCCGUUAUAAGAGUCAUCAUGGUCAGCUAUUAACUGAGGGCAAACUUUUUCUAGGAGAGUUUUGUCCCAAAGAUGGGGCCAACAUAGCCAUGUAGAAUAUUCCUCUCUCUGCCUUUCGCUCUCUAGUGCUGAUUCUUGCUGCCUGCUGGAGACUUAGCUCAAAAAGAAUAUGUGGAGCGAACAGAAAUUAAAACACUCCACCCUUUAUCCUAUAGUCCGUGUUAAUAUAUGGCAGAAAUAAUGUCUUGAUAAUUGUGUUAGAACCUGCUGCUUAUUAAAGUGCGUCACAAAAGAGAGGUGGAAAUAAGCUGCAGGAAUCUAGUUUAGAAAAAUGCUUCAACUCCUGGCCAGGCUCCUGCUCACUAGAAGUUCGUUCCCUCCAGCCUGGGCGUUCUGGCCACAGACCUUCCAUUUCGGCAGAAACAGCAACAUUCUCACCUGUUUAUGGCGGACUAAAUAGCAAAGGAAAAUCAGAGAAUGGCUCAGUGCAACCGUUCCAAGGAGCUUUCUCUCCAGAGCACAUCAAAUGAGUCACUGAAUGCCACUGAAAUGCCAGUGGCGUGGGAUGAGACCACUCUGCUGGGGCUGAAGGUCUUAGUGGCUGUCGUCCUGUCUGUGAUAACUCUGGCAACUAUUCUUUCCAAUUCCUUUGUAAUGAUCACCAUUUUUCUCACUAGAAAGCUUCAUACACCUGCAAAUUAUCUCAUUGGCUCCUUAGCGGUGACUGAUCUCUUAGUAUCUAUCUUAGUCAUGCCAAUCAGUAUUGCUUAUACUGUCAGCCACACGUGGACCUUUGGUCAAGUUAUGUGCGAUAUCUGGUUAUUGUCAGACAUCACCGGCUGCACAGCCUCAAUCCUGCACCUCUGCGUUAUUGCACUGGACAGAUACUGGGCCAUCACAGAUGCUUUGGAAUACACAAAACGUCGGACGGCUGGCAGAGCAGCCCUCAUGAUAGCCGUUGUCUGGGUGAUCUCUAUUUGUAUUUCUAUGCCACCACUUUUUUGGAGACAGGCAAAAGCUCAUGAAGAAAUGGCAGACUGUACUGUGAACACGGAUCAGAUUUCCUACACAAUCUAUUCAACCUGCGGAGCUUUUUAUAUCCCGACUGUGCUCCUUGUUAUACUGUAUGGGAGAAUUUAUGUAGCAGCUCGAUCCAGGAUUCUUAAGCCACCUUCACUAUAUGGAAAACGAUUUACCACAGCCCACCUGAUUACCGGCUCCACUGGGUCUUCUCUCUGCUCCAUUAACUCUAACCUUCAUGAGGGGAAUGCUCAUUCAGGGGGCUCCCCAGUAUUUAUCAAUCAUGUGAAAAUCAAACUUGCAGAUAGUGUCCUGGAAAGGAAAAGAAUUUCUGCUGCAAGAGAAAGGAAAGCCACAAAAACUCUGGGCAUUAUCCUGGGAGCUUUUAUUUUCUGCUGGCUGCCAUUCUUUGUUGUGACCCUGGUCCUGCCGCUCUGUCAGGAUGCCUGCUGGUUUCAUCCAAUCCUAUUGGACUUUUUCACAUGGCUAGGUUACUUAAACUCGCUUAUCAAUCCAGUCAUAUACACCGCUUUUAAUGAAGAGUUUAAACAGGCCUUCCAGAAACUAAUCCAGUUCAGAAAAUGUUCUUAGUUCUUCUACUUUCUUGUUUUGUCAUUUGUCCUAGUGCAUUCCCACAGCCCACCUAGUGGCUUAUGUACUCUUAGUCCUGUAGUUUGUAAUGAUAGUUACUGUCUCUGUUGCUAGUCUGAUAUUGUGCAUGUAACUGAGAACUCCUUGCCAAUCAUUUUGUAUUUAUUUUCUGUUUGUGAUUAUAAAUCUUUUAGUAGAACUUGUUUCUGGUCUCUACAGUGAGCAUGUGCACUUACAAAAUCAGCAGAUGGAGGAAGAUUUGUAACAAGCGAGAUGGAAUGAAUAGGAAAGCCAUGUCUCCUGCUAUGGUGUGACAUAGGUUGCUCAGUUCAGCAUCGGCAGUGUGACAUAGUGGGAGCAGAAAGAUGUGUAGGUAGGAACUCAGUAUUUCUUGUGAAUAUUAUUAGCAGAAAUUCUGUUUUGUGAAUGAGUUAGAGAGGGCUGCUGCUGAGGGGAAGGUACAUUAACUUUAGAGGCCUUAUCCCCAAAUUAAAUUUCCUCCUGUACGUAUCCUACCCAUUGGAAAUCUAUAGAACCAGUAACUGUUUUCUGGAUAUUGUUCAUAUUGUUGUGACCCUGAACCUGACAAUCAGAAUCAGGAAAAGGGCAAAAGGAGCAUGAGAGUUAUGUGAUGCCUGUGUUCAUUUCUCAUCAUCUCUGUCUUUGAGAGCUGCACAUUGUAUGAAUAUAAAAAAAAGAAAGCAUCAUUUAAAAUUAUUUUUAUAAAUUUUAUCAUUGAUGGAAUCAAAGGUGCAGAAAUCCUACAAAAAUAA